AUGAUGAAUCACGUGAAUAACUUAAAUAAUCUAAAUAUUUCAUAUAAUGAUUUAACUGAUGUUAAACUGCGGCAUAGAUCUGGUAUUGGUAUUUUUAAAAGUGCAAUUUGGAAACAAUCUCAUGUAUCUCUUACAGUAGCCCUGAUAUUAUUAGAAGAUAUUCCAGAGUUACAAAAUAUAAACCAUGAAAAUAUUAUGAAAAUUUAUGGAAUAACUUAUGAUUCGGAAUGUAACAAAAAUAUGUUAACACUGCAAUUUGCUACUAAUGGAAGUUUGGGAGAUUGUUUAACUCGCGGUCACGAUAAAUUCAACCGGAAAACUAAAUUAAAAAUCGCGAAAGAUAUAGCUAAGGGACUAAAAUACUUGCACGAAAAUAAUAUAAUCCAUGGAGACUUGCAUCCCAAUAAUAUAUUUAUUGAGAACGAAGGUGCACUCAUAGCAAAUCCCUUAAUAUCCAAAAUUAAUAAAAGAUAUUCAUCAAUAAAUACCACGAGGAAUAUGUUAUUUUAUUUAGAUCCACGAUCAUUCAAAGACCCAAGCUGUCCGCCCGAUUAUAAUUCAGAUAUCUAUAGUUUUGGUGUUAUAAUGUGGCAAAUUUUUAGUUGUAAGGAGCCUUUUCCAAACCAUACAAAUUUAAUGAACUUUAUGUAUGAUAUACUAAAUGAUAAGAGAGAAGAGCCUAUGGGAGACGCCCCUGAUGAGUAUAUCAAUCUUUAUAGAAGAUGUUGGUCAUCCGAUCUAAAUAAUCGACCGUCUAUGCAGGAAGUUGUUUCAAGCCUUAUGCAAAUAUCGUAA